AUGAAUACAUCCUCAAAACCAUUUAUAAUAAGACACAUACAAGAGAAUUAUUUAGUUUCAUCUGAUUCAUCUUCUUUCAAUGCAAUUAUUGAAAAAAGAAUAUAAUUUGUAUAAGGAGCUAAUACUUUUAUAGCAGUAUUAAUUAAUUUGAAUAUUAGGUGAUGUUGAGUUAUGAUAGUAUAUAACAUGGAUUCCAAUUUUUCCAAUAUUAUGAUAAGUGUUUAUCUUAUGCUUAUAUGAUUGGGGCAUUAUUAAUAGGGAAUAUAUUUUGGAUUUUGUGUUCAAUUUUUGGAUUUUAUUCAAUCGAUGCUAAAAAUUCUUAGAAAAUUCAUAGGUAUAGAGUAUAUAAGACUAGGGGUAUUUUUGGACAUUAUUGUGGGUUUUAUUUACAAGAAUUCUUGUCUAUGGAUAUAUGGCAUAUCAAAUGAAUUAGUUUAACUUCUAUCCUGAAUCUGAAAAAGUGAUUAGUGAUAUAGUUUGUGAGUCACUAAAUUAAACAGGAUUGAUUAUAAUACAAAUCACAAUAGAAUCAGUAGUUUUGUUGAUUAUGAUCUACUUCUCACAUUCUAUAAGACAUUACAUAAGAUGUAAAAAUUUGAAUUAUAAAAUUAGUAUGGGAAUUUAAUGAAAACUCAAAAAAUUGGGGAGG